AUGUUAAAUUUACUUAGAAAUACAAAUAAUUGCUAUAAUUAUACUUCAAGAGUUAUAACACCAUCAUUAUUAUCAACAACAACAACAACAACAACAUCGAUUUUAUCAAGUAAAAUAUCUACAGUUAAUUAUUCAACAGAAAGUAAAAAGAAUCUUAAUAGUAGUAGUAAUAAUAAUGAUAAAAAAAGUAUAAAUAAUAAUAGUAAUAAUAAUAAUAACAAGAAGAAGAAAGAUAAAAGUCAAUCAAGUCAUUUAACAGAUAGUGGUAAAAUCUUUAAGAAAAGGGCUGUUGUGUCAUAUCAUGAAUUGCAUUCGAAAAGAGAUAUAAUUCAACCAGAGAUAAUUACAAAGAUUAAAGAUAUAACCAAAGAUAAUAUAAUCACUGAGAAGACAAGAUCAAAGAAGUUCAAAGAUGCACUCAGAUAUGAAGUACAAUCCAAUGCUAAGCUCAUUCUAUUCCUUAUGAAUUGUAGUGGUUAUGAACAACAUCAUAUUAUUAAUCAGAAACAACAACAAGCAGAUCAAGUAGAACAACAACAACAAUUAGAACAACAAGUAAAGUUAGAUAACAUACCUUUCGAUAGAUAUAUAAAGUUAUUAUAUAAAUAUGUUGUUCGUAUGUUUGGAAUGUUACAUGUCAAUAACUUUGUUACACCACACAACAAGUUGAUUCUCUACUGGCUUCAUCAAUUGGAAACAUUGAUUGGUUACAAUAAUAAUAAUAAUAGUGAUGAUAUUGGUAGUGGUAACGGAGAGUUGUUUAAGGAAGGUAGUGAGAGAUCUAGACAGUGGUUGGUAGAUCUAUCAUUCAUAGUCAAGAGAAUUCACUUUGGAACGGGCACAGAGUGGACAGAGUUGGAGAGAUCGUACCGAAAGGACAUCAAAGAGUAUAUCGAUGUAGAGCGCUAUCAGCAAUGGCUAAACGAUAACGAUAGCGGCGAUAACGUCAAUAUCGAACAACAUAUCAAUAUGGUGAAAGGUGUGACACCCUACCAAGAGAUGAAUGCCGCCGACAUCAAAUUCUGUAUCAAAUUCCUCUGUUCCUACGAGCGCGUCGAACCCGCCAAGAUUAAAGGUUACAAAGAAAACGAUCAACUACUAAUCACCGUAACAAAGAGUGAAAGUACAUUAUACAAAGAGCGAUUAACAAUUCAAAAAGAUAUAAAGAACAAGCUAUCUUUUGAUAAUAAGCAAAAUAACAAGAAUAAGAAUAGGAAUAAGAAUGAUGAUGAUGAUAAUGAAGAUAAUGAUAGUAAUAGUAGUUAUAUAAAUAGUAGUAUUUUAUCAAUUGAUAAUUAUAAGAAUCAUAUACAAUAUAAACAUAUCGAUAGUUUGGAUGUUGAUGCCUAUGUACCGAUUAAUAGAUUCUUGGAUUGCGAGAUUGGCUACUCGAAUGCAACCAUUCAGUUCUUGGCAAAGUUGGUCAAGGCGUAUCCGGUCGAGUCGGAUAUCGAAUCGAUGGAGGUUCAACAAAAGGUGUUCAUUCAUAUGAUCAAUAUGUACACAAAGAUCAGACUGCAAUACCUCUGUAGACGAUCGUUUCAAAUAAGCAAGGAGAUGCUCGAGAAGUAUAUGAAUCUGCUGAUGGAUAUCAUCGUGACGUGGUGUCGUCUCUCGGAGAACCAGACGUUGAACUACAAGUCGCUCGCUUUCUACCUGGCGAAAAUCGCCGAGAUCUCCUCGAGUAUCAACUUCCGCGAGACUAGCGUGACGCAGCAGACCGAGUUCCUCGAUAUGCUGCUGAAUCAGGUGUUGGAGUUGCACGGUCACAAACAGCGGUUGAUCACCGAGAAGCAAUCGCUGAUUCGCGAUCUUCAGCGCGAAGCAGAGACCGCCCGUCAGGAAGAGAGCCGAGAGUACUACACAGAGAUAUCGUCGGCUAUCGACAAGCUCAACGACGAACUCCAGAUGCUCAGAGACGAACAGCGUGAACUCUCACAGCUCUCAAACAUCGACUUUGGUGUCGUCAGUCUGUCACUCAAGGAAAUCGAUAUUCUAUUGUCGCGUGUCUUGAUCUUCAAGAACAUACUCGAAGAUCUACAGUCUCGUCUCAACAAGCAAUCCGACCACUAUCUACUGGUAACGCAUCAAAUUGGCAACAUAAGCAUUUCACUCUCACAAAUAUUACAUCUAAGAGAAAUAGAACAACAAAACGAACAACAACAACAACAAAAUGAACAACAAACAACAACAACAAAUAGAUAA